ACUUACGUGCCAGUUUCUGUCCUCCUCUCUGCGUUCAUUCCUGUUCUCUCAUCUCAGGACUGCAGCCAACACUGCCUGUGCGUGUGUGAGAGUGAGUCUGUGUGUGUGUGUUGUUGUGAGUUGGACAUCUAAGGCCAGAGAACACAGCCAUAAGAUCACUCAAGAAACCACUGCCAUGGCAGCCACGGUGACCAACUUGCGGCUGAAGCUGCCCGUUGCCUGCAUCAUCCUGGAGGUGAUCAUCAUCAUCCUCUUCGGCACGUUAGUGCAGUACGACAGUGAUGUGGAUGCCAAGCAAUGGCAUAAGAAGAUCAAUAAUGGCACCUCCAACUACGACAAUGAAUUCUACUACCGGUACCCAAGCUUCCAGGAUGUGCAUGUGAUGAUCUUCAUCGGCUUUGGUUUUCUCAUGACAUUCCUGCAGCGCUAUGGCUUCAGUAGUGUCGGCUUCAACUUCCUAAUCGCAGCCUUCUCCCUUCAAUGGGCAACCCUCAUGCAGGGUUUCUUCCACGGUAUGCACGGGGGAAAGAUCCACAUUGGAAUUGAGAGUAUGAUCAAUGCUGACUUCUGCACCGGAGCAGUGCUCAUCUCGUUUGGCGCCGUCUUGGGGAAAACUAGUCCUGUCCAGCUGCUGGUCAUGGCUGUGAUUGAAGUCACCCUGUUCUCUAUCAAUGAGUAUGUUGUGCUUUCUGUUCUGGAGGCUAAGGAUGCUGGUGGCUCAAUGACAAUCCACACAUUUGGAGCUUACUUUGGCCUGAUGGUGACUCGUGUUCUAUACCGCCCCAACCUAGACAAGAGCCAACAUAAGAACUGCUCUGUCUACAACUCUGACCUGUUUGCCAUGAUUGGUACCAUCUUCUUGUGGAUGUUUUGGCCCAGCUUCAACUCUGCUGUGACGGCUCACGGAGAUGACCAGCACCGUACAGCCAUGAACACCUACUACUCCCUGGCUGCCUGCACAUUGGCCACCUAUGGUCUGUCUUCAGUAGUGGCCCAUGAUGGAAAGCUUGAUAUGGUGCACAUCCAGAACGCUGCCCUGGCUGGUGGGGUUGCAGUGGGAACUGCUGGUGAAAUGAUGCUUACACCUUUUGGUUCCAUGAUAGUGGGCUUCCUGGCAGGAACUAUCUCCGUGCUGGGCUACAAAUUCCUCACGCCGGUCCUGGAGAGCAAGCUGAAGAUCCAGGACACGUGUGGGGUCCACAACCUGCACGGCAUGCCUGGAGUCCUGGGAGCAAUCGUGGGGGCAAUCACUGCCUCUGUGGCCUCCAUGGAUGUCUAUGGAGACGGGAUGGAUGAUGUGUUCCCCGGCAUCCACUCAGGUCAAAUCAGCGCCUCGAACCAAGGUGUACAACAGGCCAUCUCUCUGGCGGUGACCCUGGGCAUAGCCCUCCUGGGUGGUCUUCUCACCGGUUUCAUUCUGAAGCUGCCCAUCUAUGCUACUCCUCCUGACACCAUUUGCUUUGAGGAUUCAAUCUACUGGGAGGUGCCUGGUGAGGAGGACUCACACGAGGAGCUUACUCAUGUCCGGACAGCAGAGGAGGAGGAAAAGAUCAACGCAUAAACACACACACACACACACCAGCAGUUUCAAACUCCCCAUGCAUAGCAGAUUGUAUUCAUCCAGCCAGGAUGGCAGCUCAUGGUGCUUGUUUCUGUAUGUCCAUUUGACAUUCAUGACUUUCAACAUCACUCUUAAAGAUGCAGUCUGCAAUGUGUGUGAAAGGGAUGUUGUCAAACCAAAACGGCUCCCCGGAAACUGUGUACUAUGUCAUGUGUGUGCCAUUUCGUGCAAAGGUUUCAUGGAUUAUUUAGUUAAUUGCAAAAGUAACAGACUAUAUUCUUAAAGAUGUUCAAUAGUUACAUACCAGUAGUCUUAUGGCUAAAAACUGUUUUAUCCAAGGAUCUGUUUUUUUCAAAGGAUAUGGUUAGGGCAUGUCAGCAUGUUUAAAGGUGCACUCCAGUCACGUGUUCAUCCAUCUGAAAUCUCUAUCCAGCUGAAAACUCCCACCUUGCAAACAAAGCAUUGGUCCAGAAGACUGAUAGUUAUUGUAUCAGUGUCAACCACGAAUGGCGUAGUGGUUAACGACAGUCUUUCAUGCAGGUUCGAAUCAUGAGUGACAUCUGAUUCUAACCUAUUGAAACAGAGAGAGCAGUGCAUCCCCCUCCUGAAAUGUCCUAUUGCACAGCUGAACCUCAUUUUGAUUGGGACUCUGAUUGUUGACGAUGUUUGACUUAGGUGAAAUCUGUGAAAAAAGAGGUGAAAUCUGUGAAAAAACCUUUUAAAAAGCAAUUUCAGUGGGGUGUUCAUGUGACCGGAGUGGACCUUUACAAAAUAUAUGAAGUCACCUGAAAUCAACUCCAAAUUUAAUGAUGUAUAUUUUUCAGACAUUUUAUACUUUCCUGGAAAUUGUUGAAAGAUACAAGAGAGUGUUUCUGCAUUAAGAGCAGUAGUUUAGAUUCAAACCAUUGCUUUUAAAGCUGGACCACCCUACACAACUCAAUUCAUUAUUUCUUCCAUUGAGUUUUUAAGCUACUACUGGCUAAUGAAAGCCGAUUUGUAUUGGCUGUUAAAAGGAAACUGGGUCUGUGGCCUAAGGUGUGCUAGAGCACAUCCAUUGCACAUGAAACCCUGCAGUAGUGGUUUGAAUCUGUCCCCCAGCUUCUUUAUCACACUCUAUCCUGUUAAGCAUAAAAUGACAAUAAUACACCUACAGUACAAGAAAACUAAACCAUGGAUUACAGUUUAUUUUGGCCAGCAGACUACUUUAAGGAGUGAGACAACACUAUAGUUGUCCUUUUGUCAGUUUGCCAAUGAAAAGCAUGCUUGUAUUGUGAGGAAGUGUUUCACCCUCGGUAGCCCAUAUUGUGUUUACACCAUACAUUAUUUCCAAGCCAAUCCUCCAAGUGGCAUGGGUUAUGGUCAGUCCACUGCAAUACCUCUUACCUGCUGCCUCAUGUUAUGGCCACUAGAUGAUGCUAUGGAUCUAUGUGACACAACACUGUAGUCUGAGAAUUUGGAUAAGUGAAACCUGUUUGAUGAUGCAAAAUGACUGUUGAUUGGUUUGUUUUCUCACCUUUUCCACUUGUCUUCAAGAGAUGUUACAUGCACCAAGAGGUUAAGGGAAUUACAUGUUUAACCAUUUGUUACUAUUAUUUGACUGAAAGGGAAAGAAACAUUUGCAGUAGGCCUAGCUAUCUAGCUAUGUGUUGUAAGUCAUAUAUUCAAAACAAAGAAAUGUAUCCCUCACAUGUAAUUAAACUAGUGUGCUGAUGUUUUCAAUAAUAGACAAUCACUUCAGAUGCAAGUCUUAGAAAUUGAAAAUAUUUCAGAAAAACAAAAAUAUAUUUUGUCUUCAGGGACAAGUUACAUAUUCUUCUAUUUUAUGUUAUACAAUUAAUUGGGUGUGGUUUUAUUCAGUUAUGCUCAAUGAUGGGUAUUUUACAGAAGUCUUUAGACAACAUAACAUGUGUUAUAACUCAGAUAACUAGCUUUCCAACUACAGACAACCCCCUACAUCAAAUGUAUAUUAUGCUCUAGCAGAAAACGUUUGCUUAGCUUUUCGUUUGAACACGGUUAUAUAUUAUUUUAUCACUGCUCUUUGGACAUUUGGAGUUGUAGAUAUGAGUCUAAUGUGAUAAUAGGCUAUUGAUUUCUGUAAGGUCUCAGGAAACGUUGGCUUAUUUGAAAAAUAAUAAUUCAAGUACUUAUGUAGCCUAUUAUUAAGAUGUUUCUGAAGACAAUAAUAAAUCAAACUGCAUCUCGUUUUGAUGAAAGACAUGCCUGGAAACGUAUAAUCCUCUCACAAGGCGCCAGCAAUCACAACCGAAGGGUUAAUACCCUAACUCCAGAUGGGCGUUUCCCUGUAUAAUACGCAAUUAACAGUAGUCCCAACAGUUUCACUUGCUGUGAUAUAAAAACCCAAGGAAGCGUUUGUGUUGGUUAAAACGGUCUUAUUAGGCGGUCGGAGCCGGUUUGUGUUAAUGCGAGGUGGCGGUAAAGGUUUUGGUUAAGCAGCAGCGUCUUUAAUUCUGAUGUCCCUAUAUUUGAUGGUGGGAUACCACGAAGUGAACAGGCAUCGUCGUCUUUUCCCAGGAAGGAGAGGAUAUGUGGACAGCUGUUUACUGAAUAGGCGCUAAUGCUGAAGUACUUAAUUGAGCUUUAUUAGACCAAUUAAAAAGAAAAAAAGUAAUAAUGAUGAUUGCGGCAGACUAUUAUUCCAUUCUCCACGGUUUUUAGGCUGGUUUACCAGAAAAUUAUUGUUGCAUAUGCACAUGCUAAUCGCGAUUAGCCCAAUGACAUUGCACCGAUGUCACAAGGUUCUGAAUAGAUGCAUAGGCUAUAUAGCCUAUCUGUGAUUAAACUACUGUGAGAUAUAUAUAUAUAUAUAUGUAUAAUGUUACUCUAUAUCAGGGUCUUAGAAAUAAUACAAAGAAUAAUAAUAGUAAAAAAUUACUAUAUCUAUGCAAGCUUGGAAGAUUUAUCAAUAAUUUAUCAAUACCAUAACGGUUAUUGGAGACAUUUGGACAUAGUAAGGGGAAUGGACAAUUGAGUAAGAUCGUGUCAUGUCUUUUGACAAUUGCCUACAAGUCUGGGUGAAUUAUAUUGAGACCCUUAGAGGUCACAGGUCCAACAUCUUAUUAAUAGUACUUGUGUUGUGUAGCUUGCAACUAAAAGUAAAUAGCCAAAUAUUAGCUAACGUUUGGUUUAUGUUAUUUUGCCUGAGAGACAAGUUAAUUACACUUAAACACAUUAGUGUUAGGCAAAAACACAUGUCUCAUCUACAAAGCGUGUGAUUAAUCUUUAUGGACUACUUACCUUACAGGGAUUUGAACAUGUUCAUGGUGUCAUCUGCAAUGGCCGAGUGAAAAUAAUGUAUUACUGUUUUUUUAGUGUCAGCACCUGUGAAAGAUUUAUUUUUUAAUGUUGUCGAUUUAUGUUUUAUGUUGUCGAUACAGAGUAACAAAUUAAAAUCCCUAGAUGGUAAGUAGAGUCCAUAGAGAUUAUACAAAUGUCUUUGUCAACAAGAAACAUGUUUUUUUCAAGCACUAAUUCGUUUCAAUGUAACUUCUCUCUCAGGCAAAAUGGCCCUUCCGCAACUAAACGUUAGCUACUAUUUAGCUAUGGACAUUAAGUUGCAGGACUAAGCUAUGUGUUGUGAUGCCAAUACCAGUGAAUUCUAUAUGUGUAAUUGCAUGCCAGUAAAGGAACACAAGAACACUUGCAUAUUGCAAUCUCCAGUAAGGGCCUAUAGAGGAGUGACCUGCUUGGGACGGAUAUACUCUUAGAUGUGGUUUGUGCUGACUACAUACAGGAAGUUGUUAUAGGAUAAGAGAUUUGGUCACUUGACUUGGGAGAAAUUGUUUUGGUGCUCGAAGAGUGCUCACUUAAAUGUCCUCCUAGAAACGGGCUUACUCUGUGAAUGUGAAAUCAAAUAAAUGUCACUUUUCAUGUGGCUUUCA